ACCGCGUUGAGUCACGCAGCUGUCAAAGAUAGCUGUCACCCAGUUUCCACAUCAAACACACUGAAUGAGACGCGCAGCCUGUCCCAGGUACCCGACAAUGUGUUGCGUCUCCGACAAAUGAAAAACGCGCUCCGCGGCGAUUCCUCGACAAAAAGAAAUAUUUCUCUCGAUACUUCGUAACAAUCUGGAAUAUUACAGUUGUGUGUGAUUAAACCGAGGAAGAAUCGACCUCCUUGUUGCCAACGUGAAAAGGGGAAUUUUGACGGACAUGAAGACCAAAAAGGGUGUGUUGGCGAUGUCCGGUAGCGAGACGGACGACGAGGACAGUUUGGAUGUGCCUCUUGACCUCUCUUCAAAUGGAGGAGGGUCAGGGAAGAGAAAGAGGAGAGGAAACUUGCCCAAAGAGUCAGUACAGAUACUCCGGGACUGGCUCUACCAACACCGCUAUAAUGCUUAUCCAUCAGAGCAGGAAAAAGCCCUGCUGUCCAAGCAGACCCAUCUCUCCACACUACAGGUGUGCAACUGGUUUAUAAACGCCCGGCGACGACUCCUUCCUGAGAUGCUCCGGAAAGACGGCAAGGACCCCAACCAGUUCACCAUCUCGCGGCGGGGCAGCAAGGGAGGCGAGAUGCUCAGCGACAACUCCCAGUCCCCGAAACAUGGUCUGCUCGCCAACGGAGAGGACCGCAAUAGCUACGAGCCCGGCUCGCCUCACUCGACCACCAACACGCCCACUUCUAACGGUUACCCCAAAAAAGCCCUGUCCCCAAAAACACCCCCCUCGCCCGGACCCGUCUUACCCAGACCCUCCGUCAUCUGCCACACCACCAUCACCACGGGCACGCAAGGCAUCGGCUCGACAACGCGCCUCGGCGUGGAGGGAGCCACAGAGCUGCCUCUCACAGACGUGGCCGGCCUGUUCGGGUGUCGAGGGGAGGGUAACGUCAGCCCCCAGAGCGGCCUGUUCAACACCCCGCCGCCCACCCCGCCCGAUCUCACCCAGGACUUCAGCGGCUUCCAGUUGCUGGUUGACGUGGCGCUGAAGAGGGCCGCAGAAAUGGAGCUGCAGGCCAAACAGCUCCUCGCCUGAAGACAGAAAACACGGAUGGAUGAAUGAAAAAGCUUCAUCGAUGUUUGUUUCUUGCCCCCCCCCCCCCCCC